CAGGCGGCUACGCGCGUCUAUCUUACUACACAAUCCAUUAUUUUCUCUCUCCCGUUUGUGUUUCUCUUUUUGGGUCAGAGUCAAUAAUAACAACCUUUACCUUCCUUGUUUUUCGAAUGUUGAAUUCAGAACUCUUCUUCCUUCGACUCGAAUAACAAAAUCCCCAUUUCGUUAUUUCCUAUUACUGGUGCCAAAGCUUCAGACUUUCUGCUUCCGGGGUAAGAAUUUGCUUUCUACUUUGGGUUUUUUCGCAAUUCAUUCUGACCCUUUUGUGAUUUGAUCCGAAUUAGAAAUAUUUUGGGUGCUGGGUUGGUUUGAUUCUGGGCUUACUGAGGAAAUGAUGGGAAAUUAGGGCUUGGGUCUGGAAUUUUUCAUCAUUUCUAUCGAAAAAUUGUUCCUUGUUGUGCGUGUUUUGUUCCAAGUUUCGUUUUUGAGCUUGUUUAGUCAUCUGGGUUGGUGUUUCAUCACUCCCAGGUAGCUGUAAUUGUACAAAUCUAUGGCUGUGUUGUUGUGAAAAUUGCUAGUAGGAGUUAGGGUUCAGGCUUAAGUCAAAGCCUCAAGCUUUGUUGCCUUUUCAUUUCCUGAUCAACAUUGAAAAUGUCAUCUGCUGGUGUCACCACCCUUAGUCCUGUUCCAAAGGAGCUAUUGUUGUCUCCAAAUGGAUUCUAUACCCCACUGCACUUGUCUUUGGAUGAUGAGUUCAUUUUCAUAUAUCUAUCCUAUUCGGGAUCUUUGACUCCGAUGCGUGUUCUUCCCUGCGAUACCAUUGAGUCGGUAAAACUCAAAAUCCAAAGGGCUGAGGGGCUUCCUUCAUUGACAAACAAACAAAAGUUGGUUUGUGAUGGCCGGGAGUUAGCACGGAGCAAUUCUCUACUGAAGGACUAUGGGGUUACGGAAGGAAAUGUUUUGCAUUUGGUAAUCAGACUGUCAGAUCUUCAGACUAUCAGUGUGAGGACUUCUUGUGGGAAGGAGUUUACUUUUCAGGUGGAAAGAUGCAGAGAUGUUGGAUAUGUUAAGCAACAGAUUGCGAAAAAGGAGAAGCGGUUUGCUGAUCCUGAACAGCAGGAAGUUGUGUGUAAUGGGGAGCAGCUUGAGGAUCAGAGGCUUAUUGAUGAUAUCUGCAGCAAAUAUAAUGAUGCAGUGAUUCAUCUUUUUGUUAGAAUGAGAUAUGCUGAAGUUAGGACAGGACAAGAUGAGUUGUCCGUUGUGGUAAAAGAGUUGAAUGAUACAAAAAGUUAUGAUGCUUUGGAUAGAGAUCUUCUUUUGGAGCCAGUUAUUGUUAACCCGAAAAUUGAAUUAGCUUCAGAGAUUUGGGAUAUGAUAAACUCUACAUAUGAAGGGCUAGAUAAUGGAAAUUAUCCAAUCAGAUCUGCAGAGGGUACAGGAGGAGCUUACUUUAUGCUUGAUUCAACAGGGCAAAAGUAUAUAUCUGUUUUUAAGCCCAUUGAUGAAGAGCCAAUGGCUGUGAAUAACCCUAGAGGUUUGCCUUUGUCAUUAGAUGGUGAAGGUUUAAAGAAGGGUACAAGAGUUGGUCAAGGAGCAUUCAGGGAAGUUGCAGCUUAUAUUUUGGACCAUCCAAUGAGUGGACGCCGAUCAUUAUUUGGUGAUGAGAAGGGCUUUGCUGGGGUUCCCCCAACUGUUAUGGUUAAGUGCUUGCAUAAAGGAUUUAAUCAUCCAGGGGACUUAAAUGCUAAGAUUGGCUCCUUGCAAAUGUUCAUGGAGAAUAAUGGAAGUUGUGAGGAUAUGGGUCCUGGGGCUUUCCCAGUGAAGGAAGUGCAUAAAAUUACUGUGCUGGACAUUAGACUAGCAAAUGCAGAUAGGCAUGCCGGAAAUAUUUUGAUUGGGAAAGAGGAGGAAAAUGGCCAGGCUGUUUUGAUUCCAAUUGAUCAUGGAUACUGCUUGCCUACCAGUUUUGAAGAUUGUACCUUUGAAUGGCUUUAUUGGCCUCAAGCUCGCCAGCCAUACUCUCCAGAGAUCAUUCACUAUAUAAAGUCACUGGAUGCUGAUGAAGAUAUUUCCCUUCUGAAGUUUCAUGGAUGGGAUCUGCCAGUUGAAUGCGCACGCACUCUUCAGAUCUCAACCAUGCUUCUAAAGAAGGGAGUUGUGAGAGGCAUGACCCCUUUUGCCAUUGGAAGCCUUAUGUGCAGGGAAUCCUUGAACAAGGAAUCUGUGAUUGAGGGCAUUGUAAAAGCAGCUCUGGAUUCUGUUCUUCCUGGCACAAGUGAAGCGACAUUUCUGGAUGCUGUUUCUGACAUCAUGGACCAGCACCUUGAUGAGAUCACCAGUUCCAUUUCUUAAUUGAAGUUGUUAUAUAAAUCUGUAUACAUGUGUUCUAGUACAUAUCUAUCUAUAGCUCAAAUGAUUGUUUUUUUCAUUAUUUCAUGGUAAUUGACACUCCCUAGGUCUUUGACUUUUAGUAUUUUCCAACAUUUCACAAAUUCAUGCCUUACGUUUUCCCUUUACCUCUUAACAUUUCAAUCCAGGAAAGGAAGACAAAUCCUUUACCUUUUGACUUGUAGUUUACUAUUUUAUGUUUUAAUUUCUAAGGCGUGUUGCACUUUGUUGAAGUGAAAUGAGGCACGUGAGAAAUUGAAAAGCAUGUGUAUGGAUAAAACAAAUUUAGAGAGAACAGUCGUUUUUUUGUUCUUUU